GAGCUGAAUGCAAGUGCUGGAGAGAGAGGGAUACAGGCUCUGCUAGGGAUACUGAAUCUGAUACAACAGCGGCACGGGCUCAUAUAGAUAGAAGGGAAAGGGAAAUAAAAAGCAAUAUGGCGAGGAUGCCUGGCAUUGGGGACUGCAACCCAGGCACCACAGACACUGAUCCCCUGCAUGCACAGUCCAGGAGCACACAGCACAGAUUGCAGCCUGGCAGUGCUGGGGAGGAGGAAGAGGAGGAGGAGGAUGAGGACGAUGAGAUCCAGGAGGUGCAAAUCACAGGGGACGAAGAAGAGGAUGACGACUUGCUGUUGCUGGAAGAUGAGGAUGAUGAGUUGGAAGAGGAUGAUAUGCAGCUUGACUGGGAAGAGGGUGCACUUUUGGAACCCCAAUAUGCCCAGCUGGGUGAGCGUGCAGCUGAACUGGCACAGCACCCUUCACCACAGUGCACUGCUCUUGCUGGCCUGCGCUCUGGGAUGGUAGAUGACCAGUUGCUCCUGCAACUUGGAGGUACAACAGGAGGUGGUGAUGGGGUAAGAGGUGCAGGUUCCCCUUUAGAACGCCCAGAGCGUGCCCGUCUUAGCGAAAACACCCGUCUGGCUACCCGAUAUGCAGUACGUAUUUUCAGGGAGUACUUAAGUGAGAAAUCACAGAGCCCAGACUUUGAGAGCAUGGAUAAGGAGGCUCUUUGCCGAGUUCUGCGUUCUUUUUAUGCUGAGGCGAGGUCUAAGAGUGGUCAGCUAUACAGUAAAUCCUCCCUCAUCAGCAUCCGCUCCUCCCUUAACCGCUAUCUGAAUGAGCCGCCUUAUUGUCGUACCCUGGAUCUAACCAAGGACCCAGAACUACGUAGUGCCAACUUGACUUUAGCUGCUGUGAUCCGCAAGCUGGAAGAGCAAGGUGCAGGUCCUGUGGUACAGAAACAGGCUAUCACCAGGGCUGACCUGCGAAAGCUAUACACCUCGUGCGUCUUCAGUGCCUCCUCCCCCUUUGGCCUCCUUAACAAAGUUUGGUUUGAGACAUGCAUGUACUUUUGUACAAGGGGAAGGGAGAACCAGAGGGAGCUGGAAGAGGAUUCCUUUGGUUUAGCAAUGGAUGAAGAUGGACGUCGAUUUGUGUAUUUCAAAGCUCUGGGCCCUUAUCAUAAAUCCCGCUCCUCAUCUUGGGGUAAGAAGCGGGGGGGACCAGGUGGAGGUGGUGCAGCAGAAAGUGACGAGGAGAAUUUGCCCCGUAUGUAUGAGACAGGAACAGAGUUUUGCCCCUAUGCAAGCUUUGUCAAGUAUCUGUCCAAGAGGAACCCACUGUGCAAGGCCUUCUUCCAGAGGCCCCGGGACCACUGCAGUGAGUCAGAUGUUACCUGGUAUGAGAACAAGGCCAUUGGCAAAAACCUGCUUGGCACACGUAUGCAGAUGCUGUCCAAAGCAGCCAAACUGUCCAAAACAUACACUAACCAUUGCAUUGGGGCUGUGUCAGUGGCUACUCUCAACAGCAUUGCUGGCAUUGGCACAAAGCUUGGGCCUCCUUACUUUUUGGACAGCUUGAAUGGGGUUAGGCAUAGGCCGGUUGCCCCUAGCAACACAUUUAUCCUGCCUAAGCACACAGGGGUGUUACAGGAAACUAAGACUGAGACAAUUAAGCGGCCGUUGUAUGAAUCACCCCAGUCAAUUUACACCACUAGUGAUGUGUGUAGCCCCCCAUCUCCUAAAAGGCUGUGUGUCCGAUCUGUAGAGCCUCAAGACUGUGUACUUGUUGUGUCUGUCAAGAAUGAUCCCCAGCCAGCCUGUCCAGAUACUAAUGGUCACAUGGUGCUUGCAGCCUCACCUGCUGUCACUUCCCCUCCUGUGGUGUCCCCAGUUCAGGACACUCGGCCCAACAUGUCAAGACCUCUGAUUACCAGAUCCCCUGCGUCCCCUUUGAACAAUCAAGGCAUUCCCACCCCCGCACAACUCACCAAGUCUAAUGCUCCUGUUCACAUUGAUGUUGGUGGACAUAUGUAUACCAGCAGUUUGGCAACCCUCACAAAAUACCCUGAUUCCAGAAUUGGAAGACUUUUCGAUGGUACAGAACCAAUUGUUUUGGACAGUUUAAAGCAACAUUACUUUAUUGACCGAGAUGGACAAAUGUUUCGUUAUAUUUUAAACUUCCUAAGAACAUCAAAACUUCUCAUCUCUGAUGAUUUCAAAGAUUAUUCUUUGCUAUAUGAAGAAGCAAAAUAUUUCCAGCUUCAGCCAAUGCUCUUGGAGUUGGAGCGAUGGAAACAGGACAAGGAGGCUGGCCGUUUUUCCAGGCCUUGUGAGUGUUUAGUAGUCAGAGUUGCCCCAGAUCUUGGUGAAAGGAUUACAUUGAGUGGAGACAAAUCGCUUAUAGAAGAGGUUUUCCCAGAAAUCGGUGAUGUUAUGUGUAAUUCUGUCAACGCGGGCUGGAACCACGACUCUACACAUGUCAUUAGAUUUCCUCUUAAUGGAUACUGUCACCUCAACUCUGUUCAGGUGUUGGAACGAUUACAACAGCGUGGAUUUGAGAUUGUGGGCUCAUGUGGUGGGGGAGUUGACUCUUCUCAGUUUAGUGAAUAUGUACUAAGGCGAGAACUGAAAAGGACAUCUCGUGCACCCUCUGUCAUUCGAAUAAAACAGGAGCCACUAGACUGAAUGGACUUAUUUCUUAUGCAAAAUGGGACAGUUUAUGUGCAGUUGGGAUAACAACGUCCCACAAUCUACACUGAAAAAGACAUUUUAGCUGUAAUUACGCAGCAGCAGCAUCAGGAAUCCAUGCGCGGACAGCAACUGCAAGAUUAGGGAUAAAUUUCAUAUAUAAAAAUGCUGGACAGCUACUGUGGUACUCACAAGUUCCAUUUGAGACUGUGCACAUCCAUACUUACAAUACAAAUCUGUACUUUCAUACGAAGCAUCAUUUUUAUUGCUGUUGUAAAAACCCUUCUUCAUCAGAAGGUCUUAAGGCACAAAACAACCACUACGUUUUUUUAUUUUUAAUUAUUUUGUUAAUAUUUUAUUUUGAAACUUAACAUUAAAGGGCAAUGGUUUGUUAAUAGUUUUUAUGGUAGCUCUUAAAGGUAGAGGCAAUGCUUACAGUUCUCUCUUUCUUUGUAUAGACUAGGGUGAGAUUUCAUUAGAAAAUAAACAUCACAUUAGCAGUCGAUAUGUACCCCCUUGUGGUAAGGAAAUAAUAUGUUACACUUGCUUUAUAGUCUUGCCUUGUCUCCUGUAUAUAACACUAGCAUCACUGAAGAAAUAAUCAUUUAUAGCACUUUCCAAUGUAUCUAUUUUGGCCAUAAAUAACUUAAAGGGACAGUCUAUUCCAGAUUUUGUAUUGUUUAAAGGAUAGAUAAUCCCUUUAUUUCUCAUUCCCCAGUUUUGCAUAACCAACACUGUUAUAUUAAUAUACUUUUUAUCCCUGUGAUUACCUUGUAUCUAAGCUUGUGCAGACUGCCUUCUUAUUUCAGUUCUUUUGACAGACUUGCAUUUUAGCCCAUCAGUGAUGACUCACAAAUAACUCCACGUGAGUGAGCACAAUGUUAUCUAUAUAGCACACAGGAACUAGCUCUAUCUAGCUGUGAAAAACAGUCAAAAUGCACUGGGAUAAGAGGCGGCAUUCAAAGGCAUAGACAUUAGUAUAUGAACCUACCUAAAUUUAUCUUUCAACAAAUAAUACCAACAGAAAAAAGCAAAUUUGAUGAUAAAAGUAAACUGGAAAAUUGUUUGAAAUUGCAUGCCCUAUCUAAAUCAUGAAAGUUUAAUUUUGCCUAUACUGUCCCUUUAAAGGACAUAAUCAAAUAUUUUUUAAUCAUAUGAAAUAGCAGCAGUUAAAUAUGUAAAAAUAUUGUUACAUACAAAAAAGUUAUUCAAAUUUAUGUUAGUGAUGCUUUAAGUGACGCUAUCAGGAAGUGCAUAUUGGUGUACAACUGAUACCUAUUGUUUAAAAGCUGUCAGGCACUCUCACAGAAAAAGUAGGUUUAUUCAGAACAGGAACAUGAAAAAAAGAAAGCACUGUAAUAUAUUAAAAAAAUGGGGAAAUACUCUUUUAGAUGGAACAGAUAUAUUUUUAGUACAAUGUCUCUUUACGAUUAUAUUUUACUUUCUAAAGUUUUCUGUUUCUAUUAAGGUCACCCAGGAUAAGGUCAGUACAUAUUAUAACAUAUUUCAGUUGUAAAAACUGAAUAUUCUUUCUCACCAGACAUUUUGCAGGAAAGACAAUUGUCUAGGACACUGGUCUCAAAUAGUCUAACAGGCCUGGUCUUAUGUAAUGAUUAGUUGAUUUGUGCGUCAGUCAAGAAAAACCUUAAAAUAUUACCUGUUAGUUUCCAUUAGGGCUAAAGUUAAGAAACACUGGUUAGUAGCAACACAGUAAUUUAUAUCUUUGCAUUCUGUUGGGAUAUAAUCAACUGGAUUUCCAUAAUAGCAGUAUUUCAAAGACAGCCCUUUCAUGUAAAGGUAAACAUAAAUAAUUGUAUGUAUGUAAACAUAACCUCUACCAUCACAGGCUACCCUACAAACUGGUGACUGGGCUCCAGACUUCUGCUGCAAAAGAUGUCUCCUAUAAAAUAAAAAUGUUCAACUCCAUUAUAGAAUACGUAUAUAUUUACUGAUAACAUGUUUAAUGUCCAUCCCUUGUUUUUGCAUUGAAAAACAAAUAAUUUGUAUCUGAUCUGUCAUUUGCUACAAAGUCUUCUUUUGCUUUCAUCAUAUUUGCUUUGCGAAGUUCAUUCCUUGCUUCUCAUGGCUCGUGGAAUUCUUUCUUUAGGGUUCAGUGGAUAUAUCACAAAACAAUUCCUAUGGAACUCCCUAAUUUAUGAAGAUUGCACACAGUGUUUCUGCUAAAGUUGUACAUGUUUUUUAGGUCAUAUCCGGAAUUAAAAAAAAAGUUUCAAUAUAAUUAUGUUGUUAACAAAUAUUAAAUACCCCAAUGUAACUAUUGUUUCCUUUAAAAAUGGUUACUUGAAAUAUAGGCCUCAUUACAAUCCUUCAGAAUUCCUGAAUGAAAACAUUGCAUGGCAGCCUGGGUAAUAUUUGGCUUAAUUUUUAAAGCUAUUAUAAUCCAUUAGAUUUGGUUUUGGUAAAACGCCAUAAUCAGUCAAUAAUAAAAAAAAAUCGAGUGAAAAACAAAUUACAAAAAAUGGGUACAUCACAAGCUUUUCAAAGUUUGUUUGCAAGAAUAUUUUACAAUACAAGACAUGCAGCAAGCCAAAGAAACCAAAGGCAGCUAUUUCAGUAUUGUAUAAACCUACUUUGAUUAAAAGCAUUUUUUUUUUGGGGGGGGGGGGGUUACGUGAAAAUGAAUACAAAUUUAUAAUUUCAUAAAAUUUUGAGAAAUGUUAUAAUUAACAUUUUUAAAUAUCUAAACAUUUAUUUGCAACCAUAAAUUGAGUGUAUUUGAGUACGAUUCAUUUUUUAAAAGCGUGAUAUGAUUUUAUAUUUAAAAUUUUUAUUAAAUGAAUGUGAACUGAGAAUGCCCACUUUUUUAACAUUGCAAAAAUAGCUACACUAACAGCCAAUAUAUUCCACUAGAAAAAAAAAGGCCAACAUACUUUUAAGAGGUUAAAGAUGCAUAAUUUGAAAUGUUCAAAUUUCCUGCAAAAAGCUCCUGGGAAAUUGUUGUAUGAUGAAUAGAAUAUUGUGCAGAAUGGUCCCUGUGCAAAGUUUAGGGUUGUUAUCUCACUACAAUUGCCUUUGAAAAGCUUGUGAGCCCAUUACUACAGGGAUUUCAAAGUAAUUGCAAUAGAUUUGAAUCCCUGAAAGAAGCCAUGCACAACCUAUUGCACACAAUUUCUGUCUGGAAAGGGGACCUUUAUUGGAUAAAUGGUUCAUUCCUAAAACUUGCUAUUGCUGGCACUGCUUUGCAAAGAGAAAGUCUUAAUUUAUAUUAAUUUACUUUCUUUCCAUGAUAUUUAGUUACUGUAAUAGUGAAAAAAGCCCUAAUAUGUUUCAGUCAAGUUACUUUGCGUCACAAAUAAAUAAUAGAUUCCAAAAACAUAUACUAAAAAUAAUGGUUUAAUGUAUUUGAGUUUGAUCAUUUAUGAAUCAGUCAUGUUACCACUACCAAUAAUAAUAAUGAAUACGUCUUCAACAUUGAUACAUAUUGCUAGACUCAAAAUAAAUUAUGUGAUAUAAAAAUAUUGUAUUUAAAGGGACUUGAAAGCUAUUUUUUCUUUCUUUUAUGAAUUGGAUAGAGAAUAUGAUUUUAAACAUCUUUCUAAUUUACUUCUAUUAUCUAUUUGUUGAAGAGUCAAUAACAUGAAGCAUAGAUGUGCAGCCACCAAUCAGCAGACCCUGAGUCUAUCUAUAUAUGAUUUUCAACAAAGGAUACCAAGAGAACAAAACAGAUCAAAAAUAAAUUUGAACAUUGUUUAAAAUUGUCCCUUUAAAUACAGGUGCAAAAUCAAUUUGUAGUAUUACAUUAUGUUUUAAAAACUGAACUGUUUUGAUCUAUAAUGUAUUGUAAAGACCAACAACAGAAAAUACUGUACCUCUUUGGAGAAAGACUGACAUCUCAAUUAGAUUUGACAUUAUUUAAUUCCUUGUUGAAGAGCUCAUUUCUUGUACAUGUUUAAGUUCCUAAUAGCGUCCUUAAAGGGAUAACACACACUGUUUAAUUCCCCAUAAAAUAAUUAUGUGUAGAAAAUAUUUUGCAAUGAACUUUUUGUUAUUUAUUUUGAUUGGUUUUCCUUUAACCUUUUAACGUCGUUAUGCCGUUCUAUUCCGUCAUAUUUACACUGGGCUUUAAAGCCGCUAUGACGGAAUAGAACGUCAUAUCAAACGGCUGUCCUGAAGCCUUCUGCGCUUCAAGGAAUUGAUCGCGGUCUGGAGGGCGUUCCUAGGGUUGUAGGGACGCCCCCCCAGAUGCGAUCCAAUAAUUGAAAUCUCGCGAUCGUAUGCACGAUCGCGUAGUUUCAAUUUGUCUACAUCGGAACAGCUGUUCCGAUGUAGACACUUUAACCCUGUCACGAAAGGGUUAAUUACCAAUGAUUAAUUUAAAAAUUAAGCUUUUAGGGCCUGAAAUCAAGUAAAAUGUGAUGAUAUAUAAAUUGAAAGCAGAACUGUAUUACCAGUGGUUUAGAAAUUCUAUCAGCCAAUGGCUAUCACUAUGAAAUACACAACAGAUACUGCUAAAUUAGAUCCAAAUUAAAUGUAAACAGGUUUUUUAUUUUUUUGAGUCAAUAACCAUUACUUAAAUAGUAUUGUAAAGCCGUGUUCUUAAUAACUUUGCUCACAAAUUCCUCAUAAAGAAUACUAUUUGUGUUAGAGGUGCAGAUAUACCCGAUGGAGAUGCAUUUACAAACUUUAUGUAAACCUAAUGCCAUAUUAGCUCAAUUGGAUAUGGUUUAAGUGGAAAAUACAACUAUCUUGAGAUGACAUCCUUUUGGGAACACCUGCAAUAGGGGGCGCAGCAAGAAAGAGUUUUUAUUCCUUACGAGCAAGCAAAUCGUGGAAUUAGGAACCAUGGCACAUUUAUGCAAAUCAUGAUGGAUUCAGCCCCAUAAUUAAAUAUAAAUAUGAGUUGUCAGUCCUUCUUUAAAAUACAAUACUUAUUAGACAUUUGAAGACCGUUAAAAAAUCUUAUAUCUCAUGCUUAUAAUAGCAACCAAAAUAGUUGUUUAUUGCAUAAAAUGCACAUUUACCUGUAUUACCCUGCAUUGCUAGAUGGGGAAAAACUUACAGAAUGAAAAACAUAAAAAAUAAAACUAAUUUAUAGAGCAUUGGAACAAUAGUUGAUUAUGAAAUGAAUGGCAUAACAUUUCAGGAAAAUCUAAUUAAUGAGGGUAAACUAGCAUUACAAAGUUUUUAGUAUGUUUGAGCCUGAAGGGGUUGUUGCUUUAAAAUCCACAUUAAAGCAUUUAAAGAGUUUAUUUUGUGUGUUUUUUUGUUUGUUAUAGCAACAGGAUACUUAUCUGGAUAAGUCACGCUGGUUUGUAAAAUACAUUCAUUUUAAAACAUUUAUUCCAUUCUUUUUGUAAUUGUUAUUCAAGACAAAACUUGACUUUUGUAUACAUUAUAAAAAUGUACUCCUUACUGCCAGAAAA